AUGGCGCCUUCUUUUCGCCAUUUUCUUCUCAUCUUCCUUUCUUUCUCUUCCCUUGUUUUUGUAUCCCAAUCCCAAUCCCACUCCCACUCCCAAACCCAAACCAUUUUCAAGCCAAACAAGCUCGUUUUACCGGUGCAAAAAGACAGCGCCACAGCUCUUCACGUGGCCAACAUCCACAGCCCUCUCUCGCAGGCUCCCUUUCUCGUAGACUUAAACGGGCAGUUCAUGUGGGCUAACUGUAAGCAGCAAUACUUGUCAUCAACCUUUCACGCUCCUUACUGCCACUCCACUCAAUGCUCUAGAGCCAACAGCCACAACUGCCGCACUUGCUCCUCCGCGGCUAGCCGGCCGCCAGCUGUUUGCCAUAACAACACAUGUGGGCUCAUAGCCGUGAACCCUGUGACGCACCAAACCGCCAUGGCUGAGCUUGCGCAAGACGUUUUCUCCAUUCAGUCAACUCAAGGGCAAAUGGCUAGGGUGCCUCAGUUUCUCUUCGCUUGUGCGCCUUCUCUCCUUCUCCAAAAAGGGUUACCAAAAAACGCUCAAGGGGUGGUUGGUCUUGGCCAUGCACCAAUUUCUGUACCAACUCAACUUUCUUCCCACUUCGGAUUUCAACCAAAAUUUGCCUUGUGCCUUACUUCUUCCCCACGUAAAAACGGAGUUAUUUUCUUCGGAGAUGUGCCGUUUUCGCAUAAUCUAAGCUUUACCCCAUUAAGCAUAAGCCGAAAAGGAGAGUAUUUCAUACAAGUGAAGUCAAUAAGGAUCAACAACAAGCUUGUUCCACUUAACACGCCUCUUUCAUCAAUGAUCAGCACCACAGAUCCUUACACAGUUCUUGAGCGCUCGGUUUUCAAAACCGUCAGUCAAUUAUUCGCCGACAAGCUCUCCGACGUCGCCGGGAUAUCCCGAGUAAAACCUCCGGUGGCACCAUUUGAGGUAUGUUAUGACUCGAGCAAAAUUGCAAGCUCAGUUCCUAACGUUGACCUUGUGUUGCACACACAAAAUGUUGUGUGGAGGAUUUUUGGUGCAAACUUGAUGGUCAAGGCACGUGAGGGUGUGACAUGUUUAGGGCUUGUGGAUGGAGGGCCGCGCCCAAGAGCUUCGAUUGUGAUAGGAGCAUACCAGUUGGAGGACAAUCUUCUACAGUUUGAUCUAGCUAGGUCAAGGCUAGGGUUUCGCCGGACUAAUUGUGCCAACUUCAACUUUACCGUCAGCCGUUAG